GGAGACCUUUAUGCAAAACACCUCAUUGGUUGAGGCUUGUUUUGUUGUGUAUCUUAAAUACUGAACUGCACAAAUUUACAAAAUGUGUUAAAAAUCCAUUUAAAAUGACAUUAAGCAAAAUUUAAAAAAUACCUGACUCUCAAUUUAGUGGCAUUUACAUUACAAGUACACGAGUAUUUAAUGUUGUUGAAGCGAUAUUGUUGAAGAAUGACAGAGUAGGAGUAUUUUUUCCCCCGAAGGCUGUGGCUUCUCAACCUAUAUCUCCGCCCCAUGUAGAACCCAUAUAAAAGGUUGCCAAGAAUUUUCACCUGUGAAGAAAAGCAUUGUUUUCAAAAAGAUCAUCAUAGAUUACAGCCUUUUGCUUCACUUCACAGAUUCAAAGGGAGUGCUUUGAAAGCAAUGUCCAAAAAACUGGUCUUAGUUUUGAUAUUGGCCUGGGUGUUAAUGGCUGCCUAUGGCCAAGAAACCCCGUCCAGCGGCGACGGAGAGUCCGGCAGCGGCGACGGAGAGUCCGGCAGCGGCGACGGAGAGUCCGGCAGCGGCGACGACGGACAGUCCGGUAGUGGCGAUGAGGGGACUGUAGCCCCCACCUAUGUCCCUACAACUAACGAGCCAACUAUCACUCAAGAGCCAACCCUCACCCAUGUCCCUACAACUAACGAGCCACCUAUCACUGAAGAGCCAACCCCCACCCAUGUCCUUACAACUAACGAGCCAACUAUCACUCAAGAGCAAACCCCCACCCAUGUCCCUACAACGAACGAGCCAACUAUCACUGAAGAGCCAACCCCCACCCAGGUCCCUACAACUAACGAGCCAACUAUCACUCAAGAGCAAACCCCCAUCCAUGUCCCUACAACUAACGAGCCAACUACCCCUCAAGAGCCAACCCCCACCCAUGUCCCUACAACUAACGAGCCAACUAUCACUCAAGAGCAAACCCCCAUCCAUGUCCCUACAACUAACGAGCCAACUACCACUCAAGAGCCAACUACCACUCAAGAGCCAACCCCCACCCAUGUCCCUACAACUAACGAGCCAACCAUCACUCAAGAGCCAAACCCCACCCAUGUCCCUACAACUAACGAGCCAACUAUCACUGAAGAGCCAACCCCCACCCAUCUCCCUACAACUAACGAGCCAACCAUCACUCAAGAGCCAACCCCCACCCAUGUCCCUACAACUAACGAACCAACUAUCACUCAAGAGCCAACCCCCACCCAGGUCCCUACAACUAACGCGCCAAAUCUCACUCAAGAGCCAACCCCCACCCAUGUCCCUACAACUAACGAGCCAACUAUCACUCAAGAGCCAACCCCCACCCAUGUCCCUGCAACUAACGAGCCAACCAUCACUCAAGAGCCAACCCCCACCCAUGUCCCUACAACUAACGAACCAACUAUCACUCAAGAGCCAACCCCCACCCAGGUCCCUACAACUAACGAGCCAACUAUCACUCAAGAGCCAACCCCCACCCAUGUCCCUACAACUAACGAGCCAACUACCCCUCAAGAGCCAACCCCCACCCAUGUCCCUACAACUAACGAGCCAACUAUCACUCAAGAGCAAACCCCCAUCCAUGUCCCUACAACUAACGAGCCAACUACCACUCAAGAGCCAACUACCACUCAAGAGCCAACCCCCACCCAUGUCCCUACAACUAACGAGCCAACCAUCACUCAAGAGCCAAACCCCACCCAUGUCCCUACAACUAACGAGCCAACUAUCACUGAAGAGCCAACCCCCACCCAUCUCCCUACAACUAACGAGCCAACCAUCACUCAAGAGCCAACCCCCACCCAUGUCCCUACAACUAACGAACCAACUAUCACUCAAGAGCCAACCCCCACCCAGGUCCCUACAACUAACGCGCCAAAUCUCACUCAAGAGCCAACCCCCACCCAUGUCCCUACAACUAACGAGCCAACUAUCACUCAAGAGCCAACCCCCACCCAUGUCCCUGCAACUAACGAGCCAACCAUCACUCAAGAGCCAACCCCCACCCAUGUCCCUACAACUAACGAACCAACUAUCACUCAAGAGCCAACCCCCACCCAGGUCCCUACAACUAACGAGCCAACUAUCACUCAAGAGCCAACCCCCACCCAUGUCCCUACAACUAACGAGCCAACUAUCACUCAAGAGCCAACCCCCACCCAUGUCCCUGCAACUAGCGAGCCAACUAUCACUCAAGAGCCAACCCCCACCCAUGUCCCUACAGCGAACGGGCCAACCAUCACACAAGGACCAACCCCCACCCAUGUCCCUACAACUAACGAGCCAACUACCACUCAAGAGCCAACCCAUGUCCCUACAACUAAAGGGCCAACCAUCAAUGUAGGACCAACUCCUACCAAUGUCCCUACAACAACUAAAGGGCCAACAAUCACUCAGGGGCCUACUGCUCCAAAUCCAACAACUCCAGCAGUAGUCCCCACAUCUUCACCACCGGUUGUUGUGCUGUCGGCAACUUUGGGGGAACCGUUUGUGGAAGAAUUCAACAACGUCAACAGUCCACAGUACAAAGCUCUUGAAAGGAGGGUUGUGACUGCGUAUGACAUCAUCUACAGGACGAGAUAUGGCAUUGUCUUUAUUCGUACCUUUGUUAUUCGAAUUUUCCGCGCUGUGGUGUUGACGCGAAUGGAUAAGACGCAAGUGGAAGUUGGACUGGAGUUCAAGAACACAUCUACCACUCCCGCGGACGAGGACGUCGUCGCUACCUUGGAGGAAAUGCUCGGCCAGCCCAACAACACCUUCAACCUUUUCGUUGAGAGCAUUGAAGUCAUUGACUCUCCGCAAAGAAAUUUGACAACAGCAAAACCCAACGCCACUGCGGCUCCAGCUAUGGCGUCCACCGAGAACCCCGUGACGAGCACAUCACUCACCACUCGGACUUUGAGGUUUACGUCUGUCGGCGAGGUGUUCACAAGCGACUUGCUCAAUCAGUCAUCUGCUGCGUUUAUCAGUCGAGCGGAACUCAUCAAGAUGACGCUUGAACCAUUCUACAAUGUCACGUUUUCUUCAUUCAACGACCUGACAGUAACGUCAUUCAGUAAUGGCUCUAUUGUCAACUCCAUGGACUUGAGAUUCGAAUCCAGCCUGGUGCCCAGCAAUAAUGCCAUUGCUAACGUUUUGAUCAACGCGGCGUCCGACAUCACAGCCUUCAACGUGGACACUUCAUCCAUUUUUGUCAACGGCAUACUGAUUUCAAGCGCAGCGAGCCAUAAGACGAGCCUCAUCACCGCAUCUGGCAUGGUGCUGGUGUCAUGGUUACUGGUGGGCCAGCAGUAGCAUCUUGGGCCGAUUUGGCAAAAUUGGUCGCCAGGGAUCGCCGAUUGCCAUAUCAUUAAGCUAUAUUUAUAGGGAGGUGUAUGUAAAUCAAUGCUUUUGCACACUGUAUGAGAACAAAAGCUUUUGGAUUUUCUUACUGACUAGUAAAAUUAAAGCCUGUAGAUACUAUUUAAAUGGAAGCUUUGGACACUGUAAGAACUGAAGUCUUUUGACAUGCCAUGCAAAUGAAAGUUGUUAUACACUGUGUACAAAUUAAAGCCUUUUAAAACUA